GGAGGAGGAUGAUUUGUGGAAGGCGUAGUGGUGGUGGUAUUAUGGGUUGGAGGGUUUGCCCAACAAGACUCGUUUGAACACAAGUGUUUCAAGACAUGUCCACAUAACUUUGAAAGAGAGACUUGUGUGUUAAAAAGUAGCACAAUGAGUUACCUACUGGGAGAUAGUGAACAAGACCUACAAGCAAAGAAGCCAAGUUACGAAGAACUUUUGAACGAGUUGUCUCAACUCAAAGCUGAAUUAUUUGCAGAAAAACACAAGAGGAAAGUAGUUGAACAAGAAUUGAAAGAGAUGAAACAACUCUCGUUUUCUAUGCAAACUCAUAUUGAAGCAGAGGAGGAAUAUAUAGCUAAUAAAUUGAUAAAGCGUCUAACAGAGUUGAAAGAAGAAAAAGAACGCUUGGCAGUGCAGAUUGAACAAGAAGAGGAAUAUCUGACCAAUAAUCUGCAACAAAAACUGGAACAGUUACGUAGAGAAAAAGUGAAUAUAGAAAAUCAACUAGAACAAGAACAAGAAUUCAUAGUGAAUCGUUUGCAGCGACAGUUGGAUGAACUAAGAGUAGAGAAACAGCAAUUGGAAAAGAAAAUAGAAGAAUUGAGCAGACAAGCCACUCCUUCGGUGACCCCCACAAGAUGUUACUCUUCUGUAAGAGAUAGUGACGAGUGUUCUCAUCUGAGUUUGUCGCCUACCCUGUCCCAAGUUCGGCAACGUUUGGAGUCUAACGUGGAAAAGAAGAGUGAAACCGUUUCUUCCACUGAAUAACGGAGUAGACUUAGAGAGCAACGUCUAUGACUCUUAUCAGAUUUGUUUUUGUGCUUUACAAAAGUAAGAUAUAUACUCUUUGUCUGUCUUUGUAUAAACUUGUCAUUUUAUUUCAAAUACUUGUCUGUUCAGAAAAUGACUUUUAGAAAGAAAGAAAGAAACUUUAAAUGGA